UGCAGUCAGCCCCCUGGGAAAGUACAUAUCUGUGAGGCGGUCCCUGCCCGCCGCUUGCACUCCGCCGGCGCCCGGUCCCGCACGGAUCAGCCCCGCUCCCGGCAGCUCCGCGCCGCUCCCUCGGGGGCCGUGGCUGGGUCUUGGACUCGGGACUGUCCCGCAGCUUUUCAAGUUUUGCUUUCGGGUGCAGUUCGCGCGGGGUCGCGCCCUAGCCCACCGCCGCCAUGGAUGCCAUCAAGAAGAAGAUGCAGAUGCUGAAGCUGGACAAGGAGAAUGCCUUGGACAGAGCUGAGCAAGCCGAAGCUGACAAGAAGGCAGCAGAGGAGAGAAGCAAGCAGCUGGAGGACGAGCUGGUGGCUCUACAAAAGAAGCUGAAGGGCACUGAGGAUGAGCUGGACAAAUACUCCGAGUCCCUUAAAGAUGCCCAGGAAAAGUUGGAACUGGCUGACAAAAAGGCCACAGAUGCUGAGAGCGAAGUAGCUUCUCUGAACAGACGCAUCCAGCUGGUUGAGGAAGAGUUGGAUCGGGCUCAGGAGCGCUUGGCUACUGCCCUGCAGAAGCUGGAGGAGGCCGAGAAGGCUGCAGAUGAGAGUGAGAGAGGAAUGAAGGUCAUUGAAAAUAGAGCCCAGAAGGAUGAAGAGAAGAUGGAAAUCCAAGAGAUCCAGCUUAAAGAAGCUAAGCACAUUGCUGAAGAGGCUGACCGCAAGUAUGAAGAGGUGGCUCGUAAGCUUGUGAUCAUAGAGAGUGACCUGGAGAGGGCUGAGGAACGUGCUGAACUAUCAGAAAGCAAAUGUGCUGAGCUUGAAGAGGAGUUGAAAACUGUGACCAACAACCUGAAGUCGCUGGAGGCUCAGGCUGAGAAGUACUCGCAGAAAGAAGAUAAAUAUGAAGAGGAGAUUAAAGUCCUGACUGACAAACUGAAGGAGGCUGAGACCCGUGCUGAAUUUGCUGAGAGGUCAGUAACCAAGCUGGAGAAGAGCAUUGAUGACCUAGAAGAGAAAGUGGCGCAUGCCAAAGAAGAAAACCUUAGUAUGCAUCAGAUGCUGGAUCAAACUUUACUGGAGUUAAACAACAUGUGAAAACCUUCUUAGCAGCAACCACAUUAUUUGUUUCAUUAUUUUUACACCUGCUUGCCGUGAAACCCCAUAAAUACGUCUUUUUUUUUUUUUUUUUAGUUUCACUACAGUCACAAGAACAUCUGCUAAAUUACCAGGCAGGGGUCAGGGAAACACCAAAAUGGGCAAGCCAUAUGCGGGUUAAGCUACAUUACAUUAUGGUUUAAAUGUGCCAUUUCCCAACAAAAAAUGUUACCUACACUUUGUAGAGAGUUCAGCAAUUCAGUAUGCUUAGUCUUCUGAAGAAUCCUGGCUGUGGCAGAAAGUGUCCCACCUCAAGUGCCAACUACAGUUUUUAACAAGAAGAAUGAUUUGUGUUCAAGAGAGAUCAGGUGGAAAUGGUGCUAUUUUGAACAAAAGGCUCUGCUGAAGUCUGUUGUUUGAUACCAGACAAGUCAGGAGUUGUCCGCCACAGUAAUUUAUUUUUAUCAGAAUUACACUUAUCUGUGAGGAUUUGGACUUCCUGUGCCUUCUAAUUCAAUAAAACGAAGGUAUUCAAGCAACAGAGAGAAGUGAAGGCUUCUGGAGGUUUUAAAUUGUGUUUUUGCAACUCAAUACAGAAGUGUAGGUCAGCAUUUCACCUUGAGUAUUCAUUCAAUUGUAUUUUUCAUGUUGAAAUGAAAGAUUCAAUAAAUUCAGGAGAAAACACAAAUUUGGAAGAGAUUGUUUAAAACCUAUUUUAUUUGUGUGGAUUUGGGGGAGGGGGAGGAAUUUAUAAACCGAUAUUCGCCUCACUUUUUUUUCACACUUUCUUUGAGCAGUUUUAAAAGUAUACCUGUAUGUAAACAUUGUAUAAUGAUAUGGAAUAAAAUGCACAUUUUAGGACAUUUU